AUGAGGUGAGUGCUAGCUGAACACGCAAGGUAAAUGAGUGUAUCGUACACAUUGAAAUUUGAUUCCAUGAGAUCACGUUAUUUUAUUCACCCGAACCAUUUUAGAUUCAAUUCCCAAUAUGAUCUGUUCAUACGAAUUUCUAUGAUCUUGAACUUGUUUUCCGAGUUCUAUAACUGCCAAGAAAUUUGUAAACAUCCGGAUUGGAAGAACUUUAAACAAGUGAUUUUUAAGAAUGAAUCAUAUCAAUAUUCUCAUCAUUAUCAUUACUCACAAACAAUUAGUCUCAAUCAACCUCAUCCAGUUGUGAAUGGCAGUUUCAAGAAAUUUGACGUGGAUAAAGUGAGUUGAUCACAUUUUGUAGUGGAGGCGCUAUUCCUGUGUUUUCACCUGUUAGACAGUUGUACGAGAAUCCCCGUUGAAGUAUUACGAAAGCCAAGUCAGUACAUUUUUUAUUUUCUUAAUUGGUAAGUCUAUAUUUUUCUUUGAACUAAAAUUGUUAUUGAGUUUUCUUGAUCACAAACUAAUCCCAUGAAUUUUGGUGGAUUUCCGAACGACAUUAUCAGCAAAAAUUCAGUUAGAAAUGCCGUUCAGAAGAACGAUGAAAGCUCCACAACCAAACCAUCUGGCUCAGAGAACAAAACUCUAUUACAAUCAUCCAAAUGGGCUACAAAUCUUCUCCACCAUCUAAAUCCCAUGAAUCAAAGUUGAUUCAGUGUUUUCAGCGAAUUUUUUAUCUCGAAAUCAUUUAUCCAUUCAACGUGAAAUUAUCAAUCAAACUGCAUGUUUUCAUUAACAAAAAUAAAGGUGAUUUAGAAAUAUAUAAAAACAACGAAAGAAUUGGAGAAAUCUCGAACGCUGUACCAAAUUUUUUGUCACCUCGUCUUUUGAAUGAGGAGGGAUUAUUCGCUGUCAAAUGGUUUCUUGAAGGAAAAGAUAAUGGUAAACGUAAUUCAUUGCAUGUGAAUUCCUCACACUUACUUCUUCACUCCCUGUGGUCACUCACUGUUUGUGCGAUUCAGCUCUCAGAAAUUGGACACGUAAAUAUUUGUUACUUUUCUGGAAAAUGAGGGUUGAACAAAAUAUGAAAUCCAUUCACCGUUUGAUCACAAUGAUUGGGAAUUGAAGCUUAGUUGAAAUGAACUGAGAUAAAUUAGAUAUGACGUUUUAAAAAAUUGAUCUUUAUUGCCUGUUUGAAAACCUGUUAUAUGUUUGUCACAAAGCCAUUCCUGUGCACAUCAUAUUCAUCUACACUUCCAUCCAUCGCACAGUCAUUCCUAUAUAUCUAUAUAUCCUUCCAAAUUGAGAAAUCGUUGAGAUUACACAUUUAAAUCCAUUCGUCUCUCAUCUACAACAAACAAACACUGCGGUCACAGUAACUUGAUCGAUUUAAAUAUCCAUAUGUUAGGUUAUCAAUGAGAUUCUCAAGUUGCAUUUGUGCGAAAACCCUCCACAACUUAUGUCAUACGUACUUAGAGUCGAUUGUUUCAAGGAAAAUUAUAGCAGCUAUUGCGUACGUGCGAAUAUCUAUGCAAUAUUAGACCUUCAAUGAAUAGGUAGUAAUACAAUGGUAUUACAGCUUCAGAGACUAGGCAUUUCACACUAGUUUGGAAGGAUGUAUGCUCGUUUCAUUCUUAUGAAGUCGACUUAAAUGUUUUGAAUGCGAAUCCGACUGAAGAAAGCAUUUGACACGACUCAGUAAAUAUCGGCGAAAUUUGAUCACUUUGUGAGUGAGCAUAUGCUGUGUUACACCUAUCGUUCAAAUUCUAAGUAUCGUUAGUCUUUCAAUUGUUGAGGAUACAUUCAUACUCUCGAAUGUAUUGAGCUUAAAAAACAAAUCUUCUUGUUGCAAGAAAACAAUGGAUAAAAGCUUUAGCCAAUGGAAAAUUAGUGAAUGUUAUCUACAUAGACUUCAGCAAAUUGUUUAACAAGAUGACAACAAACGGACUGCAAUUGAAGCUAGAAAAUCAUGGCAUGGCUUGACCUCCUGUAUUAUGGCUUAAAAUGUUUUUCAAAGGUUUCACACCUACUUUUCGAAUUCUAAGGAUCGUUAGUUUUUUAAUUGUAGAGAUUACACCCAUUGUAACCAAUGUGAUAUAUGCAAAUGGGAAGAUAUCUAUCUAUUAUGAGAACAAUAUUUUGCAAAUUUCAGAAAAUAAGAUGUUAGGAAUGCAAGGAAUCUUUCAAUGUGAAACAGUCACACAAGAUAAGACGAAACAUGAGAUAGCUUUUCCUGCAGAAUGGGUCAAAAAUGGCACGUUAGUGGAGUAUGAAGUCAUCGGCACAAUUUGUCCAAUACACAAUUCAAGUGAAGCAUGCCAACAAGCAACAACACCGAAUAUAACAUGUAUUUGGUGUGAGAAAUGGAACACGUGCAUUGACAGUAAUCAUCAGGAUAAUCAUUUCUUUAACGUGAAUGAUUGCCAUUUCAAGAUCCCGGAUGUAAACGAUGUGAGUACAUCGACACCCAUGAAUCACAAAGAAACAACAUUCGGGAAUACGACUUUUGAAAUAACUGAAGAAAGUAAACAGAACAAAUCACUUUGGUACCUGUAUAUUGUUAUUCCUUCAGUCGUCUUCUUCUUUGUUGCAUGCAUCGGUUGCGUUAUUUGGAGAUGGCUGCAUAAAAGACGAAGAUAUAAUGAAUGAUCCUCGAAUAUUCUGACCAAGUGCUUUUUUAUUUCGUAUUCUAUUUGAAAACUCUGGACUUAAUUAUUCAUUUCAAUGGUUCGGUAAAUUUCUUCACGGAACUAUGUGUAUUUUGUCCUUGCCUACGUAAUAACCGAUGUACACUUGUUAAUAAAAUACCGGACACGGUUUUUAAUAUUUGCGUUUUUGUCUUCAUUAAAAUCUGACUUGUUUUUCGAGAGUUUGACAACAUCUUGUUCUUGAACUGGUGGUGUUGUGUUUAUUAAUCAUCAAUGUGCACGUUUUGGAAUUUUCGUCAAUAUCACGUCGGACUACUGAAAAAUAUCAUUUGGAAUAUGCGACGGUCAUUAUUGCAAAUUGACCUGUCGGAACAC